ACCCAUCGCUUUCUCCUCUCGACGCUCCACUUGGUGCUGCAGCUCGGAUCUUCUCUCCAGAAAUGGCAACAACUGUGAAACUUAACACCGGCGCCCCCAUGCCCAUUGUGGGUUUAGGGACGUGGAAGUCACCACCUGGGAAGGUCACGGAGGCGGUGAAAGCAGCCAUUUCAGCCGGGUACAGGCACAUCGACGGGGCGUACGUCUACCAGAACGAGGCCGAGGUGGGCGAGGGCGUGCAGGCCAUGAUCAAGGACGGCGUGGUCAAGAGAGAAGAGCUUUUCAUCGUCAGCAAGCUGUGGUGCACUUUCCAUGAGAAGUCCACGGUGAGGCAGGCCUGUGAGAAGACUCUCAGCGAUCUUAAACUGGACUACCUGGACCUUUAUCUUGUGCACUGGCCCAUGGGUUUCAAGGCUGGCAGCGAGCUCUUUCCUUUGGACAGUAAUGGAGAGACAAUCACUGAUGAUACUCACUUCCUGCAGACAUGGGAGGGGAUGGAGGCGCUGGUGGAUGCUGGUCUGGUCAAAGCUAUCGGCAUCUCCAACUUCAACAAGGAGCAGAUUGAAGCGCUUCUCAAUAAGCCGGGCCUGAAACACAAGCCUGCCAACAACCAGGUGGAGUGCCACCCGUACCUGAGCCAGGAGAAGCUGAUCAACUACUGCCACUCUCAGGGCAUCUCGGUGACGGCUUACAGCCCCCUCGGGUCCCCUGAUAGACCCUGGGCUAAACCAGAAGACCCCUCCCUUCUGGAGGAUCCCACCAUUAAAGCCAUCGCUGAGAAGCACAAGAAGACGUCUGCUCAGGUCCUGAUCCGUUUCCACAUCCAGAGAAACGUGAUCGUGAUCCCCAAGUCCAUCACACCACAUCGCAUUCAGGAGAACUUCCAGGUGUUCGACUUUGAAUUAUCUGAGGAGGAAAUGAAGACUAUAUUGGGAUUCAACAGGAACUGGAGAGCCUGUCCCAUGCAAUGGGCCUUAAAACACAAGGACUACCCUUUCAACGCUGAAUUCUGAAGUGAAAUUGGCUGACGUUCCCCAGGCGUGGCAGUGAGCUACUCUUCCCUCUACACUUGCUUGCUUUCAUGUCCUUUAUUUGGGCCGUCAACUAUGGUUUUACUUUUUCUUCUAAUACUUCUUUCAUGGAAAAUGGCACCUUAUUUUGUUUGUUGGAAAGUUAUGUUCAAUUUGAAAUUUUCAAACGUAGUAACUCUUGAUAAAAUGUAAUGGUGUUAAUUAAAUCAAGCACACCAUUUUUUUUUACCUUUUUAUCUUUGUUUACAUGCAUUUUCAUCUGCAUUAAGUUCUACUAUUUUUGUCAAUUUUGUUACUGAAGUACAAAAAUAUCUAUCGUAUUCAUGAAAAGAAAAAGUUACUUGACCUAAAGAUGGCGAUGAGAAUAGCCCUUUGUAUUAUCAUGUGACGGAGGAAAAAAGAGAUGCACUCCUCCUUUCAAAGUAUUUUUUCUCUUACAAUUCAUGUAAAAGCAGCUUGUAACCUUCUCAUCUCCGACGAAGUUUGUAAAGUUUAAAGCACUUAUGUCCAAGGCAGAACAUGCAGUGUGUAAACUUGCCUUUAGUUAGGAUGAGUCAUAUGUGGUGUUUUCUAGUCAUGUGUAUCAGCCUGUUACAAAAUCCCUGCCUCCACUUCCUGUGUCACCUCCAUUUGUAAAAGAAUUACAAUAAAGUCUUGUGGGAGAUAUAUGAUGCAAAUUGACACUUAAGUCCCCUGAACUGAAAAAAGAAGAAGCUAAUCUGGAGUUGAGGCUUGUUAAGGUGUGUUUCUUUGAGACGCCACAAGAGGGCUGAGAACACUGGGAAAAGAUGAUGGGUGAGGCGGUGUCUUCUACCAACCACAAGAGCCUCGUAUAAAAGAUUAAGAUGUUGAUGUUUGAUACUGAACAAACCUUAAUCAGUGAUUGGCAGGAAGUUAAUGCUGCCAACAAAGUCAGGCACUUGAGAAAGUAGGAAGGUUUAAAACAAAUCUGAGGAGACAGCCUGUAACAAACGUGUCGGUCAAAAGAACAAAAUCAACCCAAUAUACACACACUGAGUUUAUUCAAACAGCAAAUCAUAAACUUUUACAAAUUGAAGUGCAACAAAGACAUUCACAAAGUGGAUUCCAGAUGUGAGUAUAAAAAUAUCUUAAACAAAAAAAGGCCAACAAAGAGCCAAUUGUUCCUGCUGAGGCUUAUUUCUACUGCAGUGUCUUUACUCCCACUGAACAUUGGUGACUUUUCACCACCAGCUUACGUGAUUGCUGCUGCACAAGUAACAAAUAAGUUUGACUGGUUUAUGUAUUGUUAAAAAGAAGACACCCUGAGGCAGCUCUGCAAAUCUGCCGUGUCCAUUGUCCCAUCAUUUAAUUUAGUCAUAAGAAGUAAAACACAGUUAGAACCAGGAACCUUCUUGAUGAGAGCCAGUGAUUAUCAAUGUGUCACAUGCUGGAGGAGCGAUUUUUACAUUUCUAAUGAAGCGUAUCCUGAGUCCCUCCAAAACGUCUGAGACAACAAGCAUCUUUGCAUUUAUAGCGUAUGCUAUUAAGUCAAAUUUCUUAUGUAAACUAGACAGAUAGUUACUGUAUUUCCUAACAAAUAGGAGCUACAAAAGCUGUUUAUCUCCUUUGGAGUGAGUUUACUAAAUUCUUAAGUUCAGGACAGGCAAGAAUAAUUUGAGAUCUGUUUCAAUAGGGACAUUAAUCAGGUAAUCAUGUCAUCAGAUUUGUGUAUUUAGUGUAAAUUCAAGCUGAUUAGUUAGUAUUCCGUAUUAAAGGGGUAAUCCUUGUGAUUUGAUGCCCUGUUUUAAAAAAAGGAAAUAUUUAUUAGAAUAGAGGGUUUACUGGAAGAUGUAAUCAUUUCAUAUCGCUUCAUUCAUACUUACCACGGUGCUGCAAAGCCUCUCCAGUUCUUGUUCAAUUUCAGGAUGGUUUUCAUGUCCUCUUCUUUUAACUCAAAGUCAAACAGCUGAAACAGAAGAAAAAAAAAUAUUGUUGGAAAACCGGAGAUAAACUGCAGAAACUAGGAGAGCUAGUUCAGGUCCAGGACGUACCUGUAUGGUGAUUAAACUGAUUAAAGAUACUUCAUGUUUACUCUUUUCUAAUUCAUUCCAUUUGUUUUUUUAUUCACUCCAUUUCAGGUCUGUAAGGGGACCACAACCAAUUUGGGGCGAGUAUGUAAUCAAGUUUCCAAUAAAGGUGUUAUUGCAGCUGUU